CGAAUCCAUUGGCCAAGCGCACAAUAAGAUCACAUCGAGCCAUGGCCAAGGACGAAGGGAAGCUGCACGAGCGGGAGAGCAAGGAAGUCGCGGUCCUCAACGAGCGCAUUGAGCUCGAGACGCCGGCGCGCGGCUCGCAGAUGGACGACGUCGAGUCCUUUGACACGCUGCCGCUCUCCGUGUCGACCAAGAACGGGCUCAAGCGCUGCAAGUUCACCAAGCCCACCAAGAUUCAGAUUGGCGCGAUCCCGCACGCGCUCGCCGGGCGCGACAUCCUCGCUGCGGCGAAGACGGGUUCCGGCAAGACGCUCGCCUUCUUGAUCCCGCUCAUUGAGAAGCUGUAUCGUCUGCGCUGGGACGUGGAAGACGGUCUUGGCGGCCUCGUCAUUUCGCCGACGCGCGAGCUCGCGCUUCAGAUUUUCGAGGUGCUCCGCGGGUUUGCCAAGACGCACACGUUCUCGGCGGGCCUCGUCAUUGGCGGCAAGAAUUUCCAGGAGGAGCAGUACCGCAUCAUCAAGAUGAACAUUCUCAUUGCGACGCCCGGUCGCCUCCUUCAGCACAUGGAACAGACGCCCAACUUUGACCUCUCCAACCUUCAGAUGCUCGUGCUGGACGAAGCUGAUCGCAUCCUCGAUAUGGGUUUCUCGACGCAGCUCUCGAGCAUCAUCGGGUACCUCCCGCCGUCGCGGCAGACGAUGCUCUUUUCGGCGACGCAGACCAAGUCGAUCAAGGACCUCGCGCGCCUGAGUUUGAACGAGCCCGAGUACGUCGCCGUGCACGAAAAGUCGACGACCGCGACGCCGAGCGGCCUCACGCAAAACUACCUCGUGUGCGAAGUCGGCCAGAAGCUCGACGUGCUCUUCGCCUUUAUCAAGUCGCAUCUGAAGCAAAAGACGAUCGUGUUUGCGUCCACGUGUCGCCAAGUGCGCUUUAUCCACGAAGUGCUCUGCAAGAUGCAGCCCGGCGUGCCCCUCAUGGCGCUCCACGGCAAGUACAAGCAGGGGAAGCGCGUCGAUGUGUACUACAACUUUUUGAACAAGCCGGCCGCCGUCAUGUUUGCGACCGACGUUGCUGCCCGAGGUCUCGACUUCCCCAACGUCGACUGGGUCGUGCAGCUCGACGCGCCCGAAGACGUGGCCAACUACAUCCACCGCGUCGGGCGUACCGCGCGCUACAACAAGAACGGCCGCGCGCUCAUGCAGUUGCUGCCGUCCGAAGAAGAAGGUCUCCUGCAAGGUCUCAACGACGCCAAGAUCCCGAUUGCCAAGAUCAAGGUCAACCCGCAAAAGACGGCGAGCACGCAGGGCAAGGUCGCGUCGAUCGUCGCCGCCGACAAGGACCUCAAGCUCAUGGCGCAGAAGGCGUUCAUGUCGUACGUCCGGUCGGUCGUCCUGCAGCCGGCCAAAGACAUCUUCAACGCCGAAGCCAUGGACAUGCAGGCGCUCGCCGCGUCCUACGGCCUUCCCCACGCGCCCCGCAUGCCCUUUCUCAAGGACGCGGUGCAGACGCGCGAGGCCAACCGCGAGAAGAAGAACGUCAACCGCAAGCUCCAGGCGCUCAAGGACAAGAUCAAGGCCGAGAAGCUUCUCAAGCGCCUUGGCAGUGCCAAGCCGCCGACCAAGGCCGACAGCGACGACGAUGCGAGUGAUGACGAUGCGAGUGAUGACGAUGACGAUGCGAGUGAUGACGAUGACGAAGACAGUGACGACGAGUUGCUGGUCGUCAAGCAGCGUCAUGACUGGUCUGGCAAGAGCGGCGACAACGAUGAAGACGAGGACAAGGAGGACGAGGACGAACAACUGCCCGAUUACGAGACGACCAAGGCGGCGCUCAAGAAGAAGCAAAAGAAGAUCCGCGUCGGCGCCGCCGCGCUCAACAAGGUGGUGUUUGACGACGAAGGCAACUCGAUGACGCCGUUCGAGCGCUUCUCCAAGGCGUCGGCGGUCGCCACAAAGGAGCUCUACGAGAACGUCGAGGCCAAGGCCGAGGCUUUUACGCAGCAGGUCGCGGCGCGCCUCCAGCUCAAGGAUGCCGAAGAUCGACAGCUCGAGAAGGAUCGUGUCCGCGCCAAGCACGCCAAGCGCCGCAUGAAGCUCAAGGGCGAGCGCGACGAAGGCAGUGACGAGGACGAGGACGACGGCCCUCGUCUCGCUGGCGCCAGCAGCGACGAAAGCAUGAGCGGCAGCGACAACGACGGCAGUGAUGACGACGAUGAAGAGAACGAGGCGAGCGGCAGCAGCGACGCAGGCGACUUGGAAGAUCAGGAAGCCCUUGCGCUGCAGAUGAUGGCGCGCAAGAAGCGGCGCCUGGCAUAAACUCACACCUUGAUUUAUACACUUGUAUUCCUCCAGCA